UGUGGAAGGUUGUGGAUUGGAUCGACUGGAUGCGCCGCGAAUUUAAUGGAUUUCAAGAGAAAGUUUAAUUGAAUUUACUUUUUUAAAAGUCAUUAUCGUGAGUGAUAUGUGAAAAACCGUCUGACCUUAGCCAACAUGAAGAGUAAACCUGUAAAACAUAAGACUACGAAUACUUUUCGGUUUAUUCCUUUCGCCGAACGUAUAAAUUCUAUUGAUGUUCGCCAUGCAGCAUUAUAUCAUAUUGAGCAUGCAUAUGCAGCCCAGCCAGGAGAGAAUGAGACACAUUUCUCUCUGGCUGUACAGAAGUGGUAUGCACUCAAUUUGACAGAUAACUUUAAAAAGUUCAGAAAGGAAGUGUUUGGGGUCACUACUGUGCCGCAGUUGGUGCAUAAGAAAGACCAUGUAUUGGAGGUAUUGGAGAAAUAUUUGAAUUUAGAAGAUUCAUUGUGUCUGCAACCUUUAUUGGAAAUUCUAGUUUCCUUAGCAAAAGACUUGCGAGAAGAUUUCUACCCACACUUCCCAAGGUUCUUAGACAUUCUUAUAAAACUACUGAACACCAAAGAUGCAGAGAGACUAGAAUGGACAUUGGUCUGCCUUGCUUUCCUAUUUAAAAUCUUAAAACCAUAUUUAAAGAAGGAUGUAGCCACGGUACUCAAGAGGAUUAUACCUUUGUUGAGUGAUGCUCAUCCACAGUAUAUUAACAACUUUGCAGCCGAGAGUUUUGCAUUUGUAGCAAGAGAUAUAAGAGACAAAAAGAAGUUUAUUGAUCUCAUGUUAAACUAUCUACAGAGCAAUGAUGAUGCUAUAACAGGAUGCGGUCAUCUCAUCUUCGAAAUAUUAAGGGGAGUCACUGGAAAGUUCCACAGCUGCAUAGAAACAUUCUUACCAUUGCUUCUUGAACACUUGAAAGACAGCAAGAAUCACCAGGAGAUAUUAUUCAAAGUCCUUACACAAACUAUUGAAGACAGUUUACAAAUUAUAUCUCAUAAAGAGUAUACAGUAUUUUGGAACUGUAUCAUAAAAUUCUCUGAAGAGAUAUUGAAAGAAGAUGACGAAACAAGUAAAGGGUUAGAAUACAUUCUAAGACUUGCUGGCCAAGUUAUUGAACAUCAAAAUGGGAAAUAUUUGACAAAUCCACCACAGUUUGUCCUUUUACUUGUAAAAGUAAUAUGUGAACAGUCUUCUGAAAGCGUGCUUGAAGUUUGCGCUCAAAUUGGCGCUCUAUUAUUAUUAUCACCAAACAUAUCUUUGUCUCAAGAACAUGCUGGGAUCAUAGUUAAAGUCAUAUUACCCUUACCAUUUCCAAAUAUUCUGAUUAAAUUUGUCCAAAAUGUUAUCAACUAUUCGCAAUUUGACAUGCAUAUUCUGCCGCCGUUCAUAAACUACGUCAUUCAGUCAAAUUUUGACGACGAAGCUAUGAGUACUUUGACCAAAAUUUGUCUAACAAAGUCUCCUCUUUCAAAGAACGGUAUAAAGCUUUUCGAAUGGGUAAAAUAUCCUGUAGAUUUUGGAAAAAAGUUGCCACUAUUUAUGGAUUAUUUUAACAAAGUGGUUAACGAACCAAUAGAGAAUAUUGUAGAGGAUCCUAUUAAAUUAAUGAAUGUGUUAUUUUGUUUGCCGCAUAUGGAGAAAAUUGACGUAGAUCUUUGUGUAAAAUCACUGAAUCAAUUGAUAACGAAACUUCUAAAAGUUCUGGAAAAUUAUAAUCUUGAAAAUCAACUGUAUGAGAAUAAGUUCCAUUGUGACACGACCCCUUUAUCGAAAUGUGCUAGACAGGUGUUGUUCAUACUAUCAAAUGCUAUGGAGAGUGCUAUACAUAUUUCAAGUUGUAAGAAAUUGAAAGAAAUAUGUGACAUUGAUAUACUGUUGCCAGUAUUGCUGCCAUGUGCAGCAGAUCCUAACUAUCUGUCUGCACUGCAUCUCGUUGAUUUGUAUCUAACUGCAUAUGAACAUGAAAAUGGAUUGACGUACCCAUUCUUGUCGUUAGUCGACUCAUUUUUGAAGAACAAUAUUUCGUCACCGUUUCAUAUUGUCCGCUUACUAACAACACACAUUUACAAGCUAUUUGAAAAUGUAGAAGAGCUGAAUAAGACAGUUCAAGUUGGUGGCGUUGAAGAAAAGUUCUCAGUAUUCAGUCGCUGCUACACAGUGGAGUCUAUAUCACCAUCUAUCCAAGAGUACAGAGCUCAGCUAAAUAUGCUACAGAAAAUGGCCUUCAAUACAACCCAGUAUGCUCUGGCUAAAGACACAGAAUUCCAUCUAUUUGCAUUAAAUUACAUGCUGGGAGUUUUAUAUGUCAACUUCAAGUUACUUUGGGAGCCGGUGACAGAAUUUAUCGCAGGAUAUGGCAACGCUCUGACGGUUGACGAAUUUUGGCCCGUAUUCCACAAGGCUUUAGAAUCCUCAUUUGUUAAUGCCAAGAAAAACUUGAAGCAAUUUCAAUUUGAUGAUGACAUUGAUACUAACAACGACCUGAUAAAAGACUUAUACUCGGAAUACAAUAGCAUUACUGAAAGACCAGAUUUGUAUAACUACAGAAACCUCAUUCUAAAGAUUAUGACGAAUUGCAUUCAAGUGUGUGAAGCUCGGAAUCGAGAUGUAGUUGUGUUGUUCUUGAACUUUAUAGAUGAAGAAUAUAGAAGAAAUGAUAUUACCAAUGCUCUUAAAAUUGACGUACAACUUCGUGACAAGUCAAAUACUGAAAUGGAUGUUGACGAAGACAAACCUGAGGAAGAAAAUGAAAUUGUUGAAGUAUUAGCAGAUGAUAUUGAUGAAGAAAAAGAAACUGUGUCUGGGAAAAUUGUGUUUAAAACUUUAAUAAACAUAAUGCAGGUGUUAGCGCAGUUUAAAAAUCCAAGGGCUCUUCACAGGGAGUCAAUAUUCUGGGAGCUUUUCAUGGAAUUUUUGAAGCACAAAAACCCUGGUCUUCAAAAAUAUGCAUUAGACUGUGUCUUAAACUAUAGGAACAAAAGUGUUGUUGCCUACAAAAAUAAUUUGAACAACUUAGUAGAUGAAAAAAAGUUUAAAGACGAAAUGACGUUAUUUAAAAUUACAGAAGACGCUCAAAGCAUUCAGCCUGAAGACAGAGAACAUGUCAUUCCGAUAAUUUUGAGGAUUUUAUAUGGAAAAAUGACAUCAAAGCUAGCAGCAGAUAAGAAAGGAGGAGGCCAAACAAGAAGAGCACUAGUCAUGAGGUACUUAGCAGGUUGCAAUGAAGGUGAACUUAAAAUAUUCAUUGAAAUGGCCUUUUCUCAUUUUAAACAAUAUAUGGCUGUGGAUGUAAAAGAUAUUUACGAAAAUAUCAGGUCUCAUCUAGAUCUGAAGUCAGUUACCAGUCCAGGAAAACUGCACAGUAUUUUAAAUUUGUUUGAAGUUGUCAGAGAAUAUUUUGGAGGGUACAUGAAAGAAGAAUUGCUGUCCCAUUUGUUUAAGAUCUUUUACGCAGUUUGUUCUACAAUUGCAACAGUACUUGCUCAAGGUGAAAAAGUUCACGUGGGAUACGUUAAAGUGAUGAAAAAUCUCAGAGUCAUUGCACUUGGAACAUUAAGGAAACUAUUUGAUCAAUUUGACAAAUACCCGUGGACCACGGAAGAAUUGCGUGUUGUAUUUGAGACGUUACUCUGGCCUUUAUUACCAAAACUACACAUAGAAGGCAUCCAUACUCCAACUGCAUUAUUAAAGUUACUUAACACUUGGUGUCAAAAUCCUCGUUACUAUGUGUUACUUGUCACGUGUUCUGAAAAGGAUCACACUUUGACUCCACUGCCAGCAAUAUUCAAGCUUCUAUUGGCGCCGAAGACAAGUCCUGGUGUAGUAAACGUAAUUCUAGACAUGAUAGAAAAGCUGUUAACAUUGUCAGAAGACGAAGAAGAAAAAGAAUUACUUGCAAUAGAAUCUUUCAAUACAUUAGAUGUUGCUAACAUUACUGAAGCAAAUAACAUAAACUUUGGAAGUAAAAUCCUCAUUCCUCACAUCCCUAGUAUCUUAGAAGUGAUGAAGCGACGUAUAGCGAACUCGGCUAAAUCAAACACAGUGAACAAACGAGAUCUUUUGAUUCUCUCUCGAGUGACGGAAUUAGUUGCAUCGCCUGAAAUAUGUGAUGAGCUCUUGAAUCUGCUAUUACCCAUCCUAGUAAAGAAAGUCUGUAUGAAUAUGGCAGAGGAAAACAUGGAGCAUGCUGUUAAUACAAUCAUCAAUCUUUUAGGGCACAGCACUAACCCACAAGUUUAUAUCAAAAACAUUGCAAUACUUUUCAAUAAAGUUACUCCAGUCGAUGUUAGAAAGCUCCUGAUAAAAGUAUUGGUUUCUAUUUCUGAGAACGCAAAGACGAAUAAAGAUGUAUUGACAAGAAUGUCGAAUAUAGUGACUGAAAUGAAUGCAUUCAACAAGAGAUGGAUUGAACAACCUGACUUCGACAGAAGAUUAGAAGCGUACAAGCAAAUAUACAGCCUAUCUGAAAAUAACGAAAUUGAUGUAGACCUUGCUAUUUUAAUAGUGAAUAAUUGUUUUUAUUCCAUUCGCACUGAAAAGGACAUAGGUCUACGAGAUAGCGCUGGUUUGUGUUUAAAGAGAAUACUUCCAAAGCUUCUCAAGAAAUAUUGGUCGACAACUGAUGGCCAAUUUCUCGUUAGAGAUACCGUUUUAUCUCUUUUAUCAACAGGUAUAAGAGACGUAAAAAACGAGAUUCAUAGAAACGAAAGUAUCGCUUUACUUGGUGAAUUAGCGAGAGAAUGCCCUGAUGCUGACGUUGUCUUGUCAGAUUUAGCUACCUUGACAAAUAAGGAAGACACAGAAGUAGAUUUCUUUGAAAACAUGUGUCAUCUCCAACUGCACAGGCGUGUUAGAGCUUUGCAGAAAUUCUGUAAAGUUUCAAGAAAGGUGGUCAAGUGUCCCUCGCCAAGAACUCUUACGAAUUUCAUACUGCCUUUAGCAUCAACAUAUCUUUGUGAUGAAAAAUAUACUGAUAAGAAUUCCUUGAUUGAUGCGUGUGUUGAUGUCGUGUCUACAUGCUGCAGACUUCUACCUUGGUAUCACUAUGAAGUAAUCUUAAAACUCUACUUGAAUAAAAUGCGCCAUUCUUCCGAUCAUCAGAAACAAUUGACGCGUAUAAUAAUUGGUAUCUUAGACGCGUUCCAUUUUGAUUUCUCUAAAGCAAAGAAUAUUGAACUGCCUAAAGCUCUGACCACUAAUAUAGAUGUAAAAGUUGGCAAAUUUGGUAAGAAAUCAGCGAAUAUCGACAAAAAUGAUAGUAAAAAAGAAAUGAUCAAAGAUGAAAAUGAGAAAACAGAUGAAAAUAAUGACAAAUCGGAAGAAGGUACAGAAAUAAAUGAAGAUGAAACUCAGAAGGAUGAAGAUUUAGAAGCAGAAUUAGACGCAGUUGUUGAAGAAGACGAAGAAGCGAUUGAAGAAAAAGUGGCUAAAGAAGUUUCCAAUGUACCAGCUUAUGAGAGAAUUACAAGUGUAUCACCGUCUGUUGCUAAGAGAAUAGUAAAAUCUUUGUCUGUUGGACUACUUCCGCAGCUAAAUAGAGCAAUAGGCAAGAUGACGGACCACGAGGAAUCCCACAAGGUGAACCGUCGUCACACAAGCUUCGAGCGACAGGAGGAAGAUAUGCUACGAGUGCCCAUAGCUCUGGCUGUUGUCAAGUUACUUCAGAGACUCCCUGGGGAGUUGCUGAGGCACCAGCUAUCAGGAAUAAUAAUAAAACUCUGCUCUUUCCUAAAAUCGCCCCUGAAACGAGUCAGAAUAAUGGCGAGAGAUAUAGUCAAGAAAAUAAUGUUGACGGUUGGGACACAAUACAUGGGAAUCUUGCUAGAACACCUAACUUUACUACUGACUAGAGGCUUUCAAGUCCACGUAUUAGUUGCCACCAUCCAUACCGUCCUUGACGCUUUGAAAUCUGACUUCAAACCUGGAGAAUUGAAUGAUAACCUUCAUUGUAUACUCGACGUGUGCACAAAUGACCUUUUCGGUGCGCUAUCUGAAGAGAAAGAGGUUGAAAAGUUACAUUAUAAAACACCCGAAGCUAAGCCUAGUAAAAAGAGCUACGUAACUCUCAUGAUAGUCUCACAGAAUAUAACGGAAAAAUGUCUGAUAAACCUCCUUUUACCAUUCAAAGAAAUACUGCAAAAACAUCAUUCGAAGAAAAUCGUUGUGAAAGUGCAGGAAGCCUUAAUGCACAUAACAAGUGGGUUAGUAACUAAUAAAUUCAUCGAUAUAGAGUCUUUGUUUGUUUUUCUUCAUGGUAUAGCAUCUGAAAGUAUACCAGAGCUAGUAUUAAACGCGCCUAGACGGGAACUGACUGAGGCACAAAGAGAAAAAAUAAUGCGUGCAAAACCAGACUGUUUCAUCAUCCCUGAAACACCGAAACGGAACAAAGAAUCUCAAGCUAAGAACGUUAAAACUUCAGGCAAAGCAAAUGCUCACGUUUUAGUGGAAUUCAGUUUGAAUAUUUUAUACGUAAUUCUGAAAAGGGAGAAAGUACCAAGAAUGGAUUGCAGAGCAUUUGUGGAUCCCUUGGUUCCCUUGAUGGUAGAUGCGCUCAAAAGCGGUCAUAUUAAAGUGACAACGGGUGCUAUGAAGUGUAUAUCAACCUUGUGGACUAUCAGAGUAAGCACACCUACUCUUGUAGAAAUGACACCGGAUAUAGUGAAGACGAUAUUCUCGAUACUGCACAAGUAUGCUACUUUUGAAAUUAGCAAGCAGAAUGACAAUUAUCACUUGGUUAGGAAUGCUUUCAAGGCUGUGACAGUGCUAGUCCGUAACGUAAAAUACUACACUCUAGACGAAGAUCAACUUAAAACCCUACUGCUUUACGCCGAAGAAGAUUGCCAGAAUGAUGAGAGACAAGCGAACUCGUUCUCCCUGUUGAAAGCUAUUUUAGAAGCGAAGCUAGUUUCAAACGAAUUGCACGAAGUUAUGGAGAAAGUGUCUAAGAUUUGUAUAUUGAGUGAAUCGGCGAGGUCUAGAGAUGAAGCGCGAGGUAUCUUCGUAAACUAUUUGACAAACUACUCUCCAGGCAAAAGAAUGGACAAGUACAUACAAUUCUUCGUGUCUCAAUUGAACUACGAAUUGCAGCACGGGAGGGAGUCGUCUUUGAAAUUCUUAGGAAUGAUCAUUAGUAAAUUGAUUGUGCCUCAACUAUCCAAACAAAGCGACUACCUCCUGCUAGGUCUUGGCGCGAGUAUGGUGAAUGACAGCGCGCCAGAGUGCCGCGCCGCCGCCGCCGGCUGCAUAGAGGCUAUGUUGCGCAGACUACCCGCGCAGGACAGGAACAAACUGUUCCAAAUAGCGCUUACUUUCUUGCAGGACACGCAGCCGGUCCACUUCGAGCUAGCAGCUCAACUGAGCAUUCGCUUCGUCAACGUCGAAGCUGAAGAAUUCAAGAACCGUCUCGAUUCAAUCCUUUCUCUGAUUAGCGGCAAAAUACUUCUCUUAAGCAACGACAUUACUGAAGGCAGGUUUGUAAAGGUCAAACUCGACCAAGAAGAUGACAAGACUGAUGAGGAAAAACAGAAGGAAAAGGAUCAUAGUCUGAUUCAGAUUUUGAACCUUAUUGACAAGAUUACGGUGCACUGCGCUUCUAGCUUGAAGAAUAAGAAGUAUGAUAGUGAUUUUGAUGAAAUAGCCCAACAUUGUCAAGCGUUAUUGGCUUAUCCUCAUGCUUGGGUGAGGUUAAGAGCGGCUAAAAUCAUAGGGGCUAUACUAUCAGCUGUUAACGUUGAAGAAUUGGAUACAAUAGUCAAACUAAAGAAGGAGACAGAUAGAGGAUUCAUCUAUUACGAUACAGAGAAUGCGUUCAAAAGUCUGGUGCUAGAUCUCUGUGCGCAGUAUACUACGAGUGUAUCUAAAGAGAUGGCAGAGCAAGUAACAACAGUCCUAUUCACAAUCCUGUCCCUCGUCAACUCGAUAUCUAGUUUCAAACUGCCGUCCAAGGUGGAGGACUACCCUGAAGAGAAGGCGAAGGUUAACAUAAGGUGGAUCUUGUACAAAUUGAGGAAGGCUGUCAAUGUUGAGGUCGCCAGGGCACCUAAUUCCAUGAACAUUAGAACAUCAAUAUUCACAAUGUGGCAACACGUAAUCAGCUCUUUAUCCGACGAAGACUUACAUAAAAUAGUCGACGUGUUGCUACCGCCGAUAGUUCGAGAACUCUCCACUGGCGACGCGAUGGCGCCUGCGUCUGCUGUCAGGCAACUCGCUAACAGACUCGGCAAGAAACUCAGGAGGAAGAUUGGGGACAUAGAGUAUGGGAAGAUGGUCGCUGACGCGCAGACUCGCCUCAAUAUUAGGAGAGCUGAGAGGAAGAAGGUUCUCUUGCAAGAAAAAGUCAACAAUCCCGAGAAGGCUGCUAAAAGGAAACUCCAAGUGAAGGAGAAGAAAAAACAGGCGAAGAAAGUAAAACUAGAAAUGCUCCACGGAAAGCGACCGCGCGCUAAGAAACGGAAAGCUGAAGACAUAGAUAUCGAAGAUCAGUUGUUGAAAGAUGAUGAAUGAGUAAGACUAAGAUAUAUUUUUGUUUCACUUGCUAAAUAUUAAAUCUAGAUAUUUCUAUAGAGGUGGGUUUAGACCAAACGAGCAUAGAAUCAGAGCGUUCUUUUCUAAUAUUCUUGCUACGAAAAAGACCCUACUGAUCCCGCCGGCUAGGUCGACGAUUUCCCAUUAAGCGCUUUUCUCUAUCAGGUCUAUUGAUUAUUUCAAAUUUAAUCCUCUCAGGUGACGCUUUGAGCCGAGGUUCGCGCCCAACUGGUCUGGUCAACUGGUUAGGUCUGUCCUGUUAAACUUUUGUACCGGGUGAGAGACCUCAACAUUUGUCCGGACAAAUAGUUAAUGCCAUCUGGGGCAAAAAAUAAGUACCGUCAAAAAAAAGCUAUCCUUGUUUCUCUUUUACAGCAUGCGCAUUAGCUCGAUUGGUCUAAAUCCACCUUCAGUGAAAUUCUGUAAAUAUUCGUUUAUAAGUAGUUAUUCAAAUAAAUAUUAUAUUUUAAAUGCUGAUUUUAUAUAUUCAUAAUCUACGACUUACAUCGUAAUAACACUGAAAUACAUAAUUAGUCUUCUUCUAUCGUGUGGGUUGUGAGAUGGAGUACCAACCUCAUCAACCCUGGUGUCAGGGUUACUAUUGAGCUGCCAAAGUCCCCUGACAUGGCUCA